AUGAAUGCUCCCGAGUCAUUUGAGCCUUUCCUUUUGUAUGACGGGGAAAAAAAGUAAGUGAAACAACCUGGGAUAGUCGAACAUGUGGCCUUUGUAAAUGACAUUUUGUUACGACAUACUUCUAUAUAAAAACUUAAGUCGGUGAAGCUGGAAAUCUUCCAUGCUCACCAUGCAUGAUAUUCAAUGCAAAUUCACUUGUUUUUGUUUAAUAAGCUUAAGCUUAUAUAAAACUUAUGUUAAUAACGAGAAAUAAAACGUGAGGGUUAACGAGCAUGUUUAAACUUUUGAGGAAUGGUAUCAAUUAUCUAUCACAAGUCAGUAAUGAUGAAAUUUAUCCUCAGAAUCACUAUAUCCAAGGACACCAAAGUUCCAAAUGCAGCACACUUUGUAGUUAACAAGGAAGAUCACACAUUAGGAAAUCUGCUCAGAGCGUAAGUUAUUAAAAGUUUGCCAUUUCACAGAUGGCAUCAUAUUGUAAUAUCCCUUUAAAACUUCAAAGGAAGUUAUAGUCGAACCUCCGGCAACCAACCACCCAAAAGGUAAGAGGCUGUUUCUCCCGAAAGUCGAUUCUCCUGAAGUUGCUUCACCCAAAUUAAGGUAAGUCGAUUUUCCCGAUGUGUAUUUGUUGUUCUUUAAGCCUGGAAAGAAAAAAAACAUGAAAAGACAGUGCAGGGCCUCAAAUGAAUGCCGGUCAACAGACAACGGCCGGUCAGAAUUGGGUAUUGACCAGACAAAUCCUUGGAUCGCCGGACAUGUGUUGCGGUCAUUUACUCAUUCAAAGAAAUUUUGAUUUUUAACUAUUUGAUAAUCAUGAGGGACAACAUUCAUGUUUCUAAAAGAAAAAAAAAACUAAUAUAAAACUAGACAAAUUAGUGGUUGAGAAAUUCCUGGUAGUCGCAAGUUUCCACGAUAUCAUCUAGUCCUGUCAUCUAGUCCCGUCGAGACUGCAUAUCAUCAUGUCUUCCACUAUUUUUUUUACCUUAAGUGUUCCCAGUAAGUAGAGGGUUUUACCCUUGGCUACAUACCAUUGACUCUUAAAUAAAGAGAUUGAUUGUUUGACUGAUUGAUUGGAAAGCACCCUUACGAAGAAUAAUGUCACUGCACUGAGAAUACCCUGCGUAGCAUUUGUUGCAAAGAAAAAGCCCCAAAACCUGGAAAAUCCAACCACCCUUUUACUCUAAAAUGUAAUAUUCUAAUUGCUGCGGAGCGACCGAAGGGAGCGAGCAGCAACAUAAUCAGGAUUUAAAGGAAAUAUAUAAAGGGGUGACGAAUUCUCGAAUUCAUCACUUUUUACCACAAUGCAUUGCAUUUAACCACACUUUUUACCACAAUGCAUUGCAUUUAACCAGAGUGCAUUGCGCCACGAGCAACUCAAAUAAAAACACGGGGGAGUUGUGCAUCGUUCGCUGCUCAGUUCUACAGCACGGUUAGAGGUCUUACAAAUUUUAAGACACGCAGGAGUCUUUCAGAUGAGUACGAUGGUUAACUUGGGGAGUGGAUUUCAAUUCAAGAGCCUUUGACUCGUCCAGGUGUUAAACCUGACGAGAAGAUGAGCAUUUGCUCUUCGACUCCGCAACACGGAGGAUAUACAAAUUCCAGCUUGCUAGAAGGUGAUGUGAAAGUGAGCAAAUGUCAUGUAAUGCUAUUCUUAAGAAACUGUAUGAGCCGAAAAUGGAUGUGAUUUUGACCAUUCGCUUCAAAAUAACAGCGGAAAUCGAGAUAACAAAACAUAUGUUUUGUGUCCUACUUUGCAGACCAGGACGUGUAUCGGCGUUUUGAAAAGCAUAAUUAUGUUCUUUCAUUCAUUCAUUGCCAUGGAAUAUGCGUUUAUAUGGUUUUUUCACUGUUAAUAGCUCGGUUAAUGCGGCUGGCGAUCAUCUUGCCGGCGGAAGUUUCAUAGAAAAGGAAUAAAAUGAAACACUUUUCCCGGAAAUUACGUAAUCAGCCUCUGUGGUGUAGUGAUUAGGUGUAGUCGCGUCGAGUCGAAGGUGCCGGGUUCGAGUCUUACCUAAUUGUUUAUUCCUGAUUUCUUUUUUUUUUCCUUUUUUUUGUUGUUGUUUUCUAUAAAUAUAUAGCUAAAUAACUGUUACUUAAUAAAGUGCAACAAACAGCAAGAAAAGUAUUGUGUUUCCAGAGAAAAUAUCGUGCACUGUAUAUUAAAUAUCUGGAUAAUCAAUCUCAAUUUCUAUUAUUUCCUACAGUUUACUGUGGGAAAACCAGAGUUGAUAACCACUUGAUCAUUUUCUAAACAACGUUCCCACGAGUUCUUUCUAUAGACUGAUAGUAAUUAUUCUAGUACUUUCCAACAUGUAAAUAGGACAUUCAAUGUCAUUUUUGAUUCUUUUAAGUCUCACUGCCUAAUUAAUGCCAGUAUCAACAGAAUGUGCCGCAGCAUUACUAUCUUUUAGAUACCCUAGUAAUUAUAAGUAAUUUGCAAGAUGUAAACAAAAGGUCGCGGUUGUAUCUUGCAUUACUGGUCCACAUAUGUGAGGCUGCUUCUGCAAUAAAGAGCAAUAGAACUAUUAACUUGCCCUUUUUAUUGCCAAAUCGACUUGGAUUCAGUUGGUUUUUAGUUAAAAAAAGGUUUACUGUGUAAUCUGGGUUCAUUAUUGCAAGAGUUACAACUGUUGCAAUUUGACCGGCCAAAAACGGGUCAUGUCCGAGCAAAAACAUGUUUGACAGGACAACAUGACCGGCACCUGCCCGGCCUUUAUUUGAAGCCCUGCAGUGAUAGACAUAGUGAUUGUUGUGAUUGCUGAGUUACAUGUAGACUUCAGUUUUUAUGUACAGUCUUUCAUUGUCUCAAAUAAUGUUAUGAUCAUCGAGAUGGCUAAGAUUGUUCAGAUCGCCGACCAUUUUUAGCAGUCACAAGGGUGUGCUCUAACGGCGCCCGGUCGCCUGAGGCGACCAACAUUUAGCUUCGGGCGACUGAAAAAAAGUUCCCGGUCGUUCGGCCGGGCACUCUUGCUUCUGGUGCAGUGUUCAGUUAAGCGGGCAGAAAAAUUUAACAUGCUAGUGUUGGCUUAUUGAGUCAGAGUUUACUAAACCCGACAGAAAAUGUUUUGACGAAUGUUGUACGAAAGAAACGGGCGCGCGUCGAUGUUCAAAAGUCGUGCUGCAUGAUUUCACACCUAACAUAAUCCAUCACUUUGAACGUGACAAGCGGCACGGAUUUCGAUUUGUACUGCUUUUUAAAAUAGUUUUAAAUUUUUUUCUUUCAGAUAGAACGGUUCAUUAGGUACAGUUUUUAGGAGAAACUGUCAAUACUUUUCUGACAGACAUAGAGCAUGGCUGGUGACGCGGAGUAAAUUAUUUUUCUAUAAAACGGAAGUUGCUGUAUUGACCAGUAUGCAAAUGCAAUGUUUUUACGGUUUUUGGCUGGUGUGUCUGCUUGGCUAAAACAUAACUUAUGAUUGUUUUCUUCCCUUUACAUGAGAUAACAAAAUGCAAAAAGAAAAGAUAUGAUCGUUCUGAUCGUUUUUAUUGUUGUUUUAGAAACAGGGCACUUCCACAUUGUCUUGGUAAAUUUGCAUGCAUGCAUAUACAUGUAUCGGCUAGAUUUAGGGGCCCAAAAAAUAAAAAUAAAAACACGGAAAGAAGAGCUGGUUUACGCUUCGACCGUAUCCACGAAAAGCUCAAUUAUCCUAAAAGAUUCACUGAUAAUAUAGAAAAGAAAAUUAAAGAUGACUUAUAUUUUAUUAAAACAAUGGGUUUGGGGCCGUGGCGGUUUCACUGUUUCACGGAAUUUUUCACGGGACCUUGAGUUCGAUCUGCCGUGUAUAAAAUUCCGUCACAUUAUAUUUCAAGCUGCAUUGAUUCACGUUUUGAAAAUGUUUAGUAUUACUGGUUAAAAGCACAGUUUUCCUAUGUUUGACCCAAAGAUCUUGAUGCAGUUUACGUAAUCCUGCUGAAAUUUAUUACUUUUCCCUCUUUAAAACCUAAACAAUUUGGCAGCAUUACUCACAUUUCUGGUUUUAAAUCUGAAUGGCACAAAAACUUUGAUGGGUUUCAUAAGACAACAUGCGGGUUUUUGUGGAACCCAAUUUGGCAAAAGCUAAAAUUACCGAGUUUGGUGAUCAGCAGGCCAGUAAGAUUCGUGUGCGUACAAAAUACUUCCUCAUCGGAUGUACUCGGGCGACCAACUUGAGAGGCCUGGACACCCCAGCUGGAAUGCUUUGGAGCCCAAAGGGCUCCCCAAAGUUUUUAUUCGGGCGACCAACUUUGAGGUCUGGGUGCCUUAACUAAAAUGCUUGGGAGCCCCAAGGGCUCCCUGAAAUUUUCCUUAGAGCACAGCCUUGAGUCAUAGCAAUAUUAUAGAGAUCAAUAGAAUCCAAGCUUAACUAAAAACAGCUCUGAUUUUAAAGCUGUGUUGUAGAGUGUAGUUGUCAGCGGGCGAAUCGACUUGUGUCCAUGUGAAACGACCACAAUUCACUCAAAAUGUGAAGACUUAAUGGUUGCUUACAGGAGGUGGUCAUUUACAAGAAUCAAACCACAGGGGGCCUCUUCUGAGAAGAAGUCCUCUGACACAUUGACUAGGAUGACAGAUGAUUUAUCGCACACUAUUUCCAAGCUACAAUAUGUGUAGUUCUAUGUUUUUGUUAAAAGUUCUCGGCAUACUUUAAGUAACUCAGUACAUAGAGCAAAUGUAGAGAUCAGAACAUAUAUAAAAUGGUGGCUUACAAGAUGUUAAAAACAAUAGAAAAUUAUUUCAGCCCUGAAAAGUGGUCAUGAUCGCUUAAAGGAAGUAGUCGUUUACAAGAGGUCCCAACUGUAAUGCUAUGACGGGGAAAUUGUGGUGUUGCUUAUGAGAUGUGAUCACACAUGGAGGUUCGACUAGUUACAAAUGUCAAUCAUUUUUCCUGUCCAUUGUAUUAGCCAUUGUAAGGUUUCUUGUGAAACUGGGCCAGUGUUAUGUUAAAUUGCACUGUGGGACUAUUCCAAUAAAAGAAGCAAUGGCGCCCUGAAACAUUUCCAUACAGCACUCCAAGCUGUGACCAUUUUGGUCACCAUGGCAAGUAUGGGCCGUCCAACCAUCCCAAUCUCAUCAGGUCUCUCCGGAUUUUGUUUGAGAAUCCCAACCAAUUUAGCGAUCAGGAUAGGAAAAAUCCAGAUUUAACAUCUCUUCUGUUUUUUUCAAAUGAAUUUUUAGGAUGCUUACAAAUUUAUACAAGAACACCUAAGAGAGAAUACUUAACUGAAACAGAUACCCAGAAAAUUUUAAAUUAAAAAGUUUAGUACUUGUACAUGAAGGCAUGCAAAUAGCCUGAGAAAACAGCCAACAUUAAUUUUGGUAAAGCCACCACAGGUUUCCUGCAAAAAGACGUCUGAGAAACAAGUGCAGAAAUCCCAUACUGAUGACGCAUCACUGCCCAGAUCUAGGUAGUCCUUCUCAUUAGUUGAAGCAAAUUUUCAGCCAAUCAGAUGCACUAACCCUGAUCUCGGUAGUGUUGCGUCGUCAGUAUGGAAUUUUUGCACUCUUUUCUCAGGUGUCCUUUCUCAGGGAAACCAGUGGUGGCAUCACAAAAUCCCAGUUAUGAUGAUUGAUUAUUCAGUUGCAGUAAAUUUUUCUGUCAACAUGUGUGUUUUGUCAUGUUAGUUUGCUUAAACAUAAACAAUUUUUAUGUUUAUGAUUUUUCACAGGCAGUUGUUACGAGAUCCACAAGUUUUAUUUGCUGGUUAUAAAGUUCCCCAUCCUCUGGAGCACAAGUUUGUUCUGCGUGUUCAGACUACUCCAGACUACAGCCCUCAAGAAGCAUUUACUAAUGCUAUUACAGAUCUGAUUAGUGAGGUCUCCCUCUUAGAGGAAAGAUUUAAGGUUUGAUAAGUUUACUUCUAUCACAUGUAUGUGUGUUAUAACCCCUUGAACAGGGUCAAACCAAGAAUUUGUUUUGUCUUUUAAUUUGCAAAAAACAGCAAUAACCACUGCUUGGUAGAUUUGAUCAGCUAAUGAAACAUACACAUUAACAUGAAUUAUAUAUACUUGCCAGCUUUUCAAAAAACAAAAUAUGCAUGGGAUUCUUGUCCCCACGAGGGUCUCCCAUAGGGUUUUUUCAAUCCUGUAAUCCCAACAAGCUUUUUUUCUCUUAUUUCCACAAUCCAACACUUUUUUUGCCUUAUCCUGUUCCCAAACAUACAUGAUGUUGAUUCUUCAAAAAAGCAUUAUAAACUGUAUUUGACAAAAUCAGCAUAAUUUUGAAAUAGGAAGUUUUGACAAUUAAUGUUGCAGAGGUAACCUUUCUUAAUUCCCUCAUUUUGUCGGAUUAACCAACCAUUAAGUGAAAAAUCCAUUGAUACCAGAUUGUUAGAACUUUUGGUCCAAAACUGAAUGAAUCGGUUCUGUCCAACUGGAAGAGUUUUGAAAAGAAGCCUCAUCGAUGAUAAAGGUGGACCAUGUUUUCCUCAACAGGACUAUCCUCAUCAGGACACAUCGGCUCCUUUCAGAAAUUUGCCUUGAUUCUGUUUUUUUUUUUAUUUUUGUCUCCAUGUGCCAACGUUUCCAAAAGUUUAAACUGAAUGGAUUGAAGCAGUCUGACCCAACAUUUGCCAUGUCUACUUUAAUAUCCUUAGAGGAGAAUUCAUGGAGGUAGUCAAAAGUUGACCUCAACUCACCUCCUUGAAAUUCUCUCCAGAAACUUUUGUUGAAUGGAUACCAUAACAAGUUGGGGGUUUGGUACCCAGCAAAAAAAAACCUGCCCCAUAACACAAUCUUACUAGAGUCAAGAGGGUUUACUUUGUCAUAAAAGAGUAAUAAUUUCGAGUCAGUUGUACAUAAAUUAUGAGUCUUUUGUUGUUGUUUGCAGGCUGCAGUCAGAGACAAGCAAGAGGGUAUAGAGUAA